AUGUUACCAGCGUACGAUGCAAUUGCCAAUGUUCUUCUUCGUUGGCUGGGAGCCGAUAUAGAAAGUAAUGUUAGACUGGCUGAAUUCCAACCGAUUCUGCGUUUUCCAUCAAAUCUUCUCAAACUCCAACGCGGUGUAACGACGUUUGGUGGAGUUACACUUUCUCCGUUUGAAAUUUCACACACGGGUGAUCUUUAUGUUGACAAAAUUAUUCUUGGGCCUGAUGCCACUCUUGGCAAUGGAUGCACACUGUUACCGGGUACGUUGCUCGCAUCUGAUACAAUGGUGGGCAAUUUGACACGAGUCACAAGAAAAACUGAUAGUUCUUACGGCAGUACGGUACUGCUCGGAAUUCCAGGCCGUCACAUGCCGUUCGUGAUGCCCGAAGAAACAAAGAAACCUUGUCGCACAUUCGAACAACGCCUGUACAAAGUGGCCCCUGUCGUGGUGAAUCAUUCAAGUGUGCUCAUGAGUCGUUCAAAUGUUCUCUCAGGAUCAAUACUCCAUGGACGAAAUCGUCUUCUUCCAUUCACACUUGUCAUGAAGAAUGAUCAAUUGAACUUCAAUACAGUUUGGUCAGGAGUACCAGCACGGCAACUCAUUUGA